AACAAACAAACAAUGAUGAUACCUAUAACACAUGUAAUUUUUGAUCUUGAUGGUACAUUAAUCGAUUCGGAAAAACAUCUUUUUCAAUCAACCAAUGAUGUUUUGAAUGAAUUUGGUAAAACAUUUGAUUGGAAUAUACGUUCGAAAACUCUUGGUUUACAUUUGCAAAAAUCUGCACCAAUCAUCAUUGAACAUUUUAAUCUAUCAAUCGAACCAAUUGAUUAUAUUGAUAAAGUAUUAUUACGUUUUAAAUCCUAUGUACAAGGUGAUAAUGGUGGUUAUGGUAUACAAUUAUUACCCGGUGUUAAACGACUAGUCACGCAUUUAUCCCGACAUAAUAUACCGAUGGCUAUUUGUACUGGUUGUAAAGAAGAUACAUUUCGUUAUAAAACACAACCAUUUGGUGAUUUUUUUCGUUCGGGAAAUUUAUUUCAUCAUUUUGUAAUUGCUGGUUCUGAUCCUGAAAUUGGUGAACAAAAUAAACCAAAUCCAUUACCAUAUUUAAUUUGUAUUGAACGUUUUAACGAAAAUGGCCAUCGUAUUAAUCCAAAACAAGUUUUAGCAUUUGAAGAUUCACCAACUGGUUUACAAUCAGCAAUCGAUGCUGGUUGUCAAACAAUUUUUAUACCGGAUCCAAAAUUAGAUUUAAAUAGUUUACCAGUGCAACCAUCGAUCAUUUUAAAAUCAAUGGAACAUUUUCAACCAGAAAAAUUUGGUCUGCCACCAUUCAAUGAAUGAAUUUAUUCUAGUCACAUGACAAUCGUUAU